CUCAGACGGUCUCUCUUCUACAAAGUUCAUAUUGGGCCCAAAUAAUUCCUGAUAUUGCUGGCUAGUGAUGCUGACGUAACUGCCGUGGCGUGGUACGGAGGGCCGAAAACGCGGGGAACCUUGGACAUUGACGGCCCGCGAUUACCUUCGUACGAGAAUACCGACCGUAGAGAGCCACCUCAUCAAAAUGACUCCACCGGCCUCCGCUGAGCUGUCUCGGAAACGACGCGCUAUCAACGCGUGUAUCUCCUGUCGCUCGUCUAAAGUGAGAUGUAAUGGCAGGCAGCCCUGUGAGCGGUGCGACAGAAAUGAUACCAUCUGCCAAUAUCGCGACGUGUCAGUGCAGGACCCCAGUAUUACUCGCAUAGAGAAGCUCGAGGCAGAAGUAGCGCUUCUCCAGGCGCAACUGCGACGAGAUCAGCAGCCGACUGGAAUUCCGCCACCGCAGACUGCAGAGACCAGUGUCGGGCCUAACUUCCUUCAACCAGGGGAAGUGUCGAUAACACAGCCUCAUAUAUCGAUGAACGCGGUUACAAAAGGUAUCAUUACAUACGAUGAUGCUCUGCAGUGGUUCGCUGGUUUCUUUGCUGGUAGCCAUUACCUCGUCCCGAUUUUCUCGGAAAGCAGCGACGUGAUCACCUCGGUUGCCACGCGCAGUGCGUUUCUUUUUGAUGCCAUCGUCAGUGUAGGUUGUCGAGCGGAGCAAGGUUUCAACUCCCCAGUCUUUCGGCGACUGCAGUCUGGUCUUCGAGAGCAUCUCACCCAUCUACUCAUCACAUGCGAACCACCAACACUGGAGGCAGUGCAAGCUAUUGCGCUCAUGGCAGCUUACAGCGAGAAUGGAUACAUCCUAAUAGCCCUUGCCCUGCGGUUUGCUACACAGCUGGGUCUUCACACGGCUACUGACCGGCUAUUGGCUCCCGUGAAUGACCCAGAUCAUUCGCGUACUGAACAGUCGGAGCUUUACCGCUUGCAAAGAGUUUGGCAUGGCAUCUGCAAUCUCGAGCUUUUCUUCUCGCUCGAUGGUGGCCACGUCCCAGCUGUAACGCCACGCUCAACGCCGCGCAAGAUACGCGCCCUCCUUAACCAUGCAGACUGCACACCGGUAGAUAUUCGAUUACUCUCACAGGUAGAGCUCAACCUCAUACGAAUGGACGCGUACAACGAUGUCCUGAAGUAUACCAGCACCAGUUCGUCCCUCUUGGAAGACGAAGAAGUCAUUCGAGCCAAGGUUCGCGACACGACUACCGAGCUGUCACUUUGGCUAAGCGAGUGGACCAAAGUCAUGUCUGAGGACCCAGUACUCCACCAGCGUGAUCUUGCACUACUCAACCUCCACAUUCAGUACGACUGGGCACUCACUACACUGCAUCUGAAAGCUGUGUCCGCUUCAGGCAUAGAGAAUAUCGCCAUUAUGACUAAUUUCCAAAAGGAGAUGAUUCAGAUAGCCAAGGAAGCAUCGACAAGACACUUGCGUCAUUUGCUAGGAGUCUCCACUUGCCCAUCAUCGCCGUCUGGAUUAGCGCCUGCGUAUCUCAACACUUUUAAGUGGACGAUGGAUUAUGUGUGGGCGAAAGGUGCAUUCUCCAUAUUGCUCGUGCUUCGACUGUCUGUGCUCCUCCGCGAUCCAGUCCCUCACACCUUGGCUCUACUCCGCGACGCCCAUCGCGUGCUCGAAGAACUUAAAAAGGUCACGAUCGGGUAUAUACCGUACUUCCAAAUUCUGCAAACCAGUAUCGAGAAGUGUGAGGCGGCGUUAGUUGACUACUCUGCGCAGCAGGACAUUCCGGACCCGAGCUUGGCUGUCAGUGGUCCAGCAGAGAGCGACUUCCAGGGCUAUGCCCCAAAUCAGUUCACGUUCGAGUGGGACUUUCCUGGCUUGAACCUGAAGCAUAUGCCGCUUGGAUGGCAGGAUUUGUUUGUUGAUGUCGACAAUCUCUUUUAAAUGAAGACUGGCAUUACAAGAGCGCAACUACACGAAGAGCAAACCCAGGUUUAUCAAUAUCUAAGACCCGAAGACUCGACAUGCAAACACAUGUCUUGAGAUACCGUACACGUUGAGUCAUUCCCACUAACAGAUAUAGACAAAAUCCUCGCUCUUGAAGUCAGUCUGGUUAUUGAACGCUUUGUCGGCCAUACCGCUUGCCUGGGCAUUCUCUGCAUUUCCAGAGUCGACAUCACGACUCGCUUGCAUACUCGUGUUGCCAAUAUUUGCAGACCUACCCAUCGCCUCGCGAGUAGCUGCAUGCUUGCGAUUGAGCUUUUUUAAUGCAUGCUAUCAUCAACACAACGAGCAGCACGAGGGUGACGAGCAUGACAGAUUCGAUCUCAAGCGUUGGCGAUAGUGGGGUCGCUCAGAAGGCCUGAAGAGAUGAAGAACAUUCAUAUUGUCUACGCUAGCUUCUACGACCAGAAUGUUUGUCGUC